CAGCGCAACAAUAACAUCGGGCCCCAAAAAAAAGGGAAAAAAGACGACGGACAAAAACUUCGUCGUGAAUUGUAAAAUACAAAAAAAAAACGCAUUCGAACGCGCUGGUUUGUUUUUUUUUUCACGUGUAACUACGCCAAAAAAAGGGCAAAGGAAUUAAGCAAAAAAAAGAAGCAGAACUUCGAAGCAGCAACAACAACAGCGCCGCAUUUUUGCUUCGAUCACCGAAAUCCAAACGCAAACCAAACUCCAAAAAGUUAGUUUCAAAUACAACCACACAUCGUUUGGAUCGUGUUCACAAACUUAUAGUAGGAAGGAAAAGGAAAAAGAUAGAAAAAAAACGAACUAAAUAAUAAUAAACGAAAAAGAAAAACGGCGCUGAAUGUUAACCGGUAAAGAUAGCGGUAAAUUGCGAGGGAGAAGGACGACAACAACAACAACAACGACCGCAGAGGGGGCAAAAGUCAGCAACAAAGUGCAUCCUCCUUCUCCUGCUCCCCAUCCUAUUCCUUAUUUACUGUUAUAAUGGACACCAUCUGUAGAUUGUGCUUCCAAACGGCAACGUUGUUCCAGGUGCCCGGCUAUAGCAUACCCACGUGCGUCCGCUGCUCGGAGCAGUUGACAAAUAAUUCCAACUUCCAUCAGUCGGCGGCGGCCGCUGCAGCCGUCGCUGCCUCUGCCUCGGCCGCAGUUGCCGCCUCUGCAGCAGCGGCGGCCACCUCCUCGUCGACGGCCUCCUCCAGCGACAGCGACGCCAUCGCGCAGCAGCAGCAGCAUCAGAAUCCGCAGCAGCAGCAGCAUCAGAACUCGCAACAGCAACAACAACAACAGCAGCAAAUGCAAUCAUCCAGUUCUUCCGAGAACCUACAGUCGCAGGACGACUCCGAAGACGUGGAUCUGAUAUUCAACGAGGAGGGCUCCUGCCCGCUAUGCAACAAAACUUUCUCGCGCAAAUCCUCGCUCAUGACGCACAUACGAAAUCACUCGGCGGAGCGUAAGUUUGUGUGCACCUACUGCCACAAAGGCUUCACGCAGGCGGCCAACUUGCGGAACCACGAACGCAUCCACACGAACGAUCGGCCAUAUCAGUGCGUGGACUGUGGCAAGACCUUCACGCAGAUCACCAAUUUGAACAAUCACCGCCGGCUGCACACCGGCGAACGGCCCUUCGUUUGCAAUGAACCGGAGUGCGGUCGCAGCUUCGCCCAGGUGACGAACCUGAACAACCAUAUGAAGUCGCACCACAAGGUGCAGCAGUACUGCUGCAACGUGUGCAACAAGAAGUUCACGCAGGUGACCUCGCUGAACCAGCACCUGCAGGCGCACGCUGGGGUCACCGGCUACUACUGUCCGCGUUGUCCGGAGAAGAACUUCAAACUGCAGUCGCAGCUGCAUACGCACAUGAAGACCCACGGCCUGGCCUUUCCGUACGAGUGCGACAAGUGCGACGAGAAGUUCCUGCAGCAGGCCCAUCUCGACCAGCACCUCAAGAUGCACGACGAGUUCAAGUUCAAGUGCGACAUCUGCCCGAGUAGCUUCAAUCAGGAGUCGCUGCUGAAGAAGCACGUGCAGCGCCAUGUCGAGGGUCGCUACCUCUCCUGUCCGGUGGCCAAUUGUGCCGAGUCCUUUGCGGUGCGCCAGCACCUCUCCAAGCACCUGCUCACCAAUCACGCCCACCACGAGCUGCCGCCUCCGAAGCGAUCCAAGAAGGCGGGCACGCUGCAGACGUCGCAACAGCCGCUGGCGAUGAUCGGCCAGCCGUUGUCACUGCAGCACACGACAGGGCAACGUGGGCGUCCGCCGAAGAACAAGAACAAGGCGACAACGCUGGCCGCCACGGCCAUCAAGAUCGAGAUCAACGAAUCGCUCCACAGCCAGCAUAUCAGCAAUGUCAGCGGCCUGUCCAUCCAGCAGCAGAUCAAUCAGCACAUGCAGCAGCAGGCGGCACAGCAGCAGGCGCAGCAGCAGGCGGCACAACAACAGCAGCAGCAGGCGGCGCAACAACAGCAGCAGGCGGCGCAGCAGCAGCAACUGCUGCACUUGCCGAUGGGACAGGCGGUCAAGGCGCGUUUCAUACCCACUAAGUAGGCUAGUUAAGAAUGGAAAGAAGGUCUCUUUUAGCUUAAGCCCCGAACGAUCAGCUGCUAAAGUCCCUGAUUAGCAUAGCCAUAGCCAAAGUAGCAUCACAUUCAGCACAUACACACGUAAAAUAUGUUAGAUAUAUGGCGCGGAUGUUUUGGAGUCUCUGCAGAUCUCUAAAUACUUUUGGGUGUCUGAAGUUGAUGUAGAAAUCAUUCUUUAUAUGCGUUACCCGUGGAGUUAAGCGUAUGCUGGAUUGGUGAAAAAAAGGUAUGGAACAGGCAGUAGGAAGCGUUUUCGUCCUUGAAUUCUGAAUCAGAAUGGAAUGGGGGAGUUAGUCGAGUUCAUCGAUUAAAGCUAGCUUUUAGUUUUUCUGAGAUGCACUUGUCCUACUCUCGCAUUGAGUUCAGCAUCAACUUUUUGGGUAUCAGAAUCCACUUAAUUAUCUUGAAAUCGGCGAGUGGACUUCCAAAACAUCCCGAAUUUAGAGUCGGCGGCAAGCUGCUGGUUCAGUUUGGUGUCUGUCUCCCACUUCCUGUUUUGAAUUCAGCAGCCAAAGCAAUAGAGGAACCAAAUGCCCCUGAAUAAAUUUCCAAGAAUAUUAGCAGCAAUGCAUGACAUCGAAAGAGAUAAGGAGAAAAAGCAGCAGCACCAGAUGGACAGACAAAAACACAACUGACUUAUAAAAUUAUGCACAUAACACCCACAUCUAUAUAUACAUUAUAUUAUAUAAACAUGAGAUCGGGUUGAGAAAUCUGUAAAACUUAAAUCGAAUUAAAAUUUUAUUGUAAUGCAAAGGCGCAGCGAAACGGAAAAUAUAAUGUUGAAAAAACAAAAAAAAAAAAAAAACAGAAAGCAAAUACAAAUUACCUACAAUUGAUAGUAAUUACGCAUAGAGAAAAGUAACGAAAACAAGAAGUGAAAAACAAUUCGAUUAAAUUCGGUAUGUAUUUAUGUUAGGCAUUAGCUUAAGUGUUUUUAUUUUUUUUUUAAUAAACCAUUACAAAAAAUCAACAUUAAGAAACG